CAGAAGGCGUGUGCCCUUACGUCACCCACUAUGACGUGUCACACUAUUUCAACACGAAGCCACUUCCUUUUAGAUAAUAGAAAAAUCUGCUUUCACUGGAAGGAUGUGGACAUACUGAGCUGAACUAGUUCAGAAGUCACUCGGCACCCAUCAUUAUGCAGUAGCAGGUUCAGACUUGAAGGCCUUUGUUCAACUGUUUUCGGGUUGGGUUUUGUUUUGACUGGCUGCAAACUAUGGAUUGAAAUCAGUGCUGCUACAGUGUGUUUUUAUUCAGAUAAGGAGGUCUUGCUAUGAACAGGUAUGAGUUUUCGGUCAUCAAGGAGACUGCAUCUGAACAGCUACCCGGUGGAGAGUGGGGGACUAUUGGUGAAGAAGGAGAGCAAGAAGGUGAAUACCAGGAAAGCCUUCAGUCUGGAGGAGGCCCAACUGGAGCUCCAGCAGAACAGAAACCUCACCAGACAAGCCCCCGUCAGGUCUCAGACGUUCGACGCGGAUAGAAGUUUUGAGAAGACUGACGGCAGUGGUUCACAAAGUAGUUUUAUAAAGCACAACAAAACAUUCCACAAGCUGUUUCCUGACAUUCCGGAGAGUGAAGACUUGCUACAUGCCUACAUCUGUGCCCUGCAGAAGGAGGUGCCCUACCACGGCAGGCUCUAUGUCACUGAGCACCACGCGUGCUUCCACUCUUCCGUGCUACUCAAGGACACCAAGUUGGUUAUCCCGGUGACCAGCGUGCACAUUGUGAAGAAGCAGAACACCGCCCUGCUGGUGCCCAACGCCCUGUCUAUCCGCACCAUCGAGGGGGAAAAGUACCUGUUUGUGUCUUUGCGGAACCGAGAGGCGUGCUACAAGCUCCUGCGGUCCGUUUGUUCUCGACUGGAGGAUGGAAGUGCCAACAGCAGCCCCUUAUUCUCUUCUACGGACAAUAGCUUUGAUCAGGGCAAGCUAGUGAACUCCAGUCAGUCCAGUCUAGACCAGCUGGACGGGUCAGACCCCAAGCUAUUCCUUGACUCGCCCCCACCCAACCCACACACAGACCUAGUGCCUCAAGGGAGCAGCUCCAGCCAUAGGAGCACGCAUACGCAGCAGAGUGACGGCUCCUUAGAGAACGUCUCAGGUGGCUCGUGGGUGUGGAGUGUGACGGAGAAAGCCCGCUCCCUUCUCAUCCACAGAGAGACCAGCAGCCUCAACACGCUCCUCUUCAUCUACCUAAUACUGGUGGUACUACUGCUGCUAUCAUCCGGGUACAUCGGCCUCCGUAUCGUGGCUCUGGAGGAGCAGUUGACCUCUCUGGGCGCCCUCCCUGAAUUCUCCCCACAGAGCAGGUACAAAGACACAACCAUGAUUGGCCAGAGGAGAGAGUGACUCAUAUUUGGAGGACGUGACAAUAUAGCGCCAACUGGAGCUAUCGUGUUGAAGAUAUUCUGUCCUAUAAGAACUAGGAGCAAUUUUGAAAGUGUUCCAGAGUUGGCUCGUCGUCCUCUUGCAUAUAGGACUUUUGGAGCACCUCCCUGUAUGAGUUCAAACACAGACAGGUAAACUCAAAGGGCUAUAUUUAAGCGAGCUAGACCCAGGCCAGCCACAACUCGCAGCAAGCGGAGCCAAGCCAACACAUAUGCACACAAAUGAGCUGCUGUGUGACUUGGAACCAAAGCCAACUCUCAAACAGAAUAAACUGAAGGGAGGCGGUAGUCAACUCCAUCUGCUCUCAGAUCAUAUUGACGAAGCAAUUUUCUCUGAUUUCCAAGAGAACUCUGAAACGUGCGUGUGCGCUUCCAAUCUGUAUUCUCUUUAUGAGCAUGUGGUCUGUGCAGACUAGUCAAAUUGAGUGUAGUCCUACGUUUUGCUGCUUCUUUUUCUUUUUUUAACACCUACCGUAAGGUACAAGUGCUAUGCAGAACCAAAGAUGCACGUCUUUGGCAUGAGUACACAGAGAUUAAUUUUAUUCUUUACCUCCCAUCUCAGCAUUUCAUCACGGUGUUAAGUCUACCUGUAUUUAAUCUUUCACUACUAAGCCAUCUGCGGGUACUCUUGAAUGAUUCUCCUGGUAAUCAGCCAUAAUGAUAACAAUGAAUUAUCUUGUCUUCCACGGAUCAGCCAGCCGAGCAGCCAUUUUAAGCUUAUCUCCUGAAGGUCUCUCCUCUCUUUUAAAGAUCAGCAGUAUUUAGCCUGGCAUUCGCAUGAUUUAAACCAGUUUUAAUGAUCAAUGCUUUUGGAGGCCACUCCCUCCAGUCUCACUGGAUGUAUGCAUCUUCAAUGCACAAAAAAAAGUACGAUCAGGUUGAGUGUUGUCGCGUUUGUAGCCGUAGAAAUGUUCAACUUUUUUUAUUUUAUUAUUACUUUGAUCAUCAAAGUAGUUUUUGAUUUACCAAUACUAUUCUUGUUCAGAUUAAUAUCUGAUGACUUCUGUACUGUAUAGAAUGAACUGAUGUUGUGUAAAAGCAAAGAAUCAAACCUCUGUUCUCAACAGGCCUGUCAAUGACUAAACGCUUGUUCCUACCGGUUCGGCUGUUUCAGGACUGUUCAUUGGCUAUUUAGAUUAAGAAGCGCCAUAAUGUAUUGUAUAUUAUUGCAUGUAUCUGGAACAUCAGAUACUUGACUGAUAUAUUAUGCACACUUUAAUCAAGCGAUGUUACGGAGGUCCUAUUUCCAACGAAGGAAUUAAAUGUGGUCGAGAAUUUAUUUCUAUAUGCAAAAAAACAUGCAGGCAAAAAGAUGUAUUGGCAAACCUGUUUUUAAAUAUUUUUUAUUAUUUGUUUUAAAAAAUAAAGCAAAAAGAAUGGCUCGUGAGCGAGCAAGCGCACUUUAAAAGUUGGGAACCUGUCAAUCCAAAGACAUCACAUUUGACAGAUGGUGGGGAAGCAGGUGUUUGUUCUUUAUUUUAUGGCGCUAAGGCCUUUUGUUCUUCUCAGGGGUGGGGGCAACCUGCCACAGUUUCAGGUUCCCUGCUUUUCUUUCGCCAUUUACUUUGUCCAUCGGAGCGAUACUCUCUACUUUUCAUUGAGCAUCACUUUGUAACUUUGCAAUAUGUCAGUCUCUGAUUUGUUUGAACUUCUCUCGUGACAUGGGAUGAUUGGUCGAAAAACAUGAAAGAAUAUCCAUUAAAUUGAAAAACUCUCUAUUGACGAGGCAUUAAAUGCGUUGAAGUGACAUCUUAUGUCCUAAUGAUUGGGUAGUUGUAGUCAGGUGUUGGGCUCAACUACAUGCCAUAAAGCAGUACUGUCAGUUCCUGUACUUCCCCACCAGGAGACAGCACACUUCUUCAAACGGAUACAAUGCAAGAAUCUCAAUGAAGAGUGCAGUAUGUGUGGUUUUGCACUAUUGAAGUGGUGUAAAUUAUUGUAAUGUCCUUAAUUCUAUGGUCAUAUGUAUUUAUUUGCAUUCUGUGUAAUUCAAAGUAUUUGUCUCUGUGAGAUUUUGUUUUGGUAUUGUUAAACAAAUAAAUCAAAUGUUGCACAGAGUACUUUUUUAUAAGAAGUUACAUGCAUAUCAUAUUCAUGGGAGCAACCUUUUCUGGCCUGGAAAUGUAGCAAAGUAUUUGAAGGCUCCUGUGUUCCCUUUCUGUUCAUAGUCGCACCACUCCAAUAUCGCCUUUACACAUUACUAAAGCACCACUGAGGUGAGUGAAGUACUUGUGGCAGAAAAUUAUUUAGUUUUGUCAUCUAUUCAAUGUUUGUUAUAAACUCAGCAAAAAAUAAACGUACUCACUGUCAA